CUUCACUAUCAGGACCAAGUACUGAUUUUGCCCCAGAUCCCCAAGUGGCCCCCUCAAGGAUUGAACUCUCAACCCUGGGUUUAGCAGGUCAAUGCUCAAACCACUGAGCGAGCCCUCCCCCUAGCCAAUACACUUACCUGUAUUCCAUCCCAAGCCUCACAUGACUCCACAGGAAGUGGCGUUACAUUCCCUUGACGUCCGAUGGGCUCUUGCAUUCUGUCUUGACAGAACUAAACCAUUUCGUAAAUCCCCGUGGCUAUUUGUUUCUGCUACUGAGAGAUCAAAGAGUGAGGCUAUCUCUAAGCAAAGACUCUCCAAGUGGAUCUCGGACUGCAUCAAAUCCUUCUGUCAGAUCCAGAAUGUUCAACCACCAGAGAAUAUUAGAACUCAUUCUACUACAGCAGUGUCAACAUCCAUUGCCUUCCUCCACAAUGUACCUAUUACAGAUAUAUGCAAGGUGGCCAUGUGGACAUGUGACCACACAUUUGCCAAACAUUAUGCUAUCACAUGGGAUACCACAGCAGAAACCAUAGUCGGCCAUAUGGUACUGUCUACCAUUAUCCCUCAUGCAUAUUCAAAAUCCCACCAAACAUAGUGGGUUCUGCUUCACAUUCACCUGGAAUGACGCACCCACAGGGACAGCACUCAAAGAAGAAAAGAAAGUUACUCACCUUCCAGUAACUGAGGUUCUUUGAGUGUGUCCUUGUGGGUGCUCCACUACCCACCCUCCUCCCCUCUACUUUGGAGUACUAAUCAGACAAUAGUAGAGAAGGGACUGAGUGGAGUGCGGGAUAUGCGUGCUCAGGCAGACCUUAGCGACACCGCAAGACAGCAGCUGAGCGCAUGUGACCCCACCAGCCACUGCUACCGAAGAUCUCCAAUCAAUGAUGCCGUGAUGCAACGACACCUGGAGUGGAGCACCCCCAGGGACAGAAAUCUCGAAGAACUUCAGUUACUGCAAGGCUGGCUGCUGGCUCCACUCGAUUCUGUGCUGGCAUUGUGAGCACAGUCAGGCACUUGUCCAUAGAGCUGAAGAUGGCUGACUAUUCAAACAAGCUGUAUCAGCAGUUAGAACAAGAGACCGGAAUCAAAACAGGUUACGUGAAGACAGGCUCUAUCUCACUGGCUCAGACUCAGGAUCGACUGAUCUCCCUGAAACGCAUUGCCUCAAGGCUCAGUGUAAUGGGGAUACCUUGUGAAAUCAUGGCUCCAAAACAAGUGGCACAACUACACCCACUAAUCAACAUUCAUGACCUGGUGGGUGCCAUGUAUGUGCCAGAGGACGCAGUCGUAUCAUCUGUCGAUGUGAGUCUUGCUCUGGCAAAUGCUGCCUCUCGAAAUGGUGUCCAGAUCCACGAGCGGACAAGCAUCAGCCAUGUCAUGGUCCAAAAAGGUUGCGUGACUGGAGUGGAGACUGAUAGAGGACAGAUUGAAUGCCAGUAUUUUGUCAACUGUGCUGGGCAGUGGGCCUACGAGCUGGGUCUCUCCGAUGAGGAGCCAGUCAGUAUCCCACUGCAUGGCUGUGAGCACUUCUACCUCUUGACACGUCCCUUGAAGAAGCCACUAGAGAGCAACACACCAACUAUCGUGGACCCAGACGGCAGGAUCUAUAUCCGCAGUUGGCAAGGUGGCAUCCUCUCAGGGGGCUUUGAGAAGAACCCCAAGCCCAUUUUUACUGAGGGCCGAAACCAGCUGGAGAUUCAGAAUCUGCAUGAGGACUGGGAUCACUUUGAGCCACUGCUGAGUUCUCUUCUGCGGAGGAUGCCAGGGUUGGAGGCUCUGGAGAUCAUGCAGUUAGUGAACUGCCCAGAAUCCUUCACUCCAGAUAUGCGGUGCAUCCUGGGAGAGUCACCCACGGUACAGGGCUACUUUGUCCUAGCUGGAAUGAACUCCGCUGGCACCUCUUUUGGUGGAGGAGCAGGCAGGUACUUGGCUGAGUGGAUGGUAAAUGGUUGCCCAUCAGAAAAUGUUUGGCCACUGGACCUGAAGCGCUUUGGUGCCCUUCAGAGCAGUCGCACCUUCCUCCGUCACCGUGUCAUGGAAGUAAUGCCCCUGAUCUAUGAUCUGAAGGUUCCCCGUUGGGAUUUCCAGACUGGCAGGCAGUUGCGUACUUCCCCUCUCUAUGAUCGCCUGGAUGCUCAGGGAGCCAGAUGGAUGGAGAAGCAUGGAUUCGAGAGACCCAAGUACUUUGUCCCACCAGGGAAAGAUCUAUUGUCAUUGGAUCAGAGCAAGACCUUCUACAAACCAGAUUGGUUUGACAUUGUGGGGUCAGAGGUGAAGUGCUGUAAGGAGGCUGUGUGUGUAAUUGAUAUGUCAUCUUUUACUAAGUUUGAAAUAAGCUCCACAGGGGAUCAGGCACUGGAGGUUCUGCAGUAUCUCUUCUCGAAUGACCUGGAUGUGCCAGUCGGCCACAUUGUGCACACAGGCAUGCUCAAUGAAGUAGGAGGGUAUGAGAAUGACUGCAGCAUUGCACGAUUAAACAAGCGCAGUUUCUUCAUGAUUUCUCCUACUGACCAGCAAGUCCACUGCUGGGCCUGGCUCAAAAAGCAUAUGCCUAAUGAUAGUAACUUGCUCUUGGAGGAUGUGACCUGGAAGUAUACCGCUCUCAAUCUGAUUGGCCCUCGUGCAGUGGACGUGCUGUCAGAAUUAUCCUAUGUCCCAAUGACUCCAGAACACUUCCCCUCUCUCUUUUGCAAGGAAAUGAGCGUGGGGUAUGCUAAUGGGAUCCGUGUGAUGAGCAUGACACACACAGGAGAACCUGGAUUCAUGCUAUACAUCCCUAUAGAGUAUGCUCUGCAUGUGUACAAUGAGUUGAUGAGCGUGGGACAGAAGUACGGGAUCCGGAAUGCUGGCUAUUACGCACUUCGCAGCUUACGCAUUGAAAAGUUCUUUGCAUUCUGGGGCCAGGAUCUGGACACUUUCACCACCCCUUUGGAAUGUGGACGUGAGUUCCGGGUGAAACUGGACAAGGGGACUGAUUUCAUAGGCCGGGAUGCACUGAUGCAGCAGAAGCAGGACGGUGUGUGCAGGCGCUUCACCAUGUUCAUCCUGGAGGAUCAUGACACAGACCUUGAUCUUUGGCCCUGGUGGGGGGAGCCCAUUUACCGCAAUGGCCACUACGUGGGCGAGACCACCAGCAGUGCUUACAGCUACACCCUGGAGCGCCAUGUCUGCCUGGGCUUUGUGCAGAACUUGGACGAGGAAACCAGGGAGGCAUUGGUGGUGACACCCGACUUCAUUAACCGGGGCGAGUAUGAGAUUGACAUUGCUGGGCAGCGCUUCCAGGCUAAGGCCAAGCUCUACCCAUUCAGCUCCCUCUUCACACAGCGUCGCCGCAAGGACGAGAUGGAAUUGAGUGGCUACCAUGGGAAGUAGAACCACCUGGCCCCACCCCUUCUCCAUAACUGGAGUCUCUGUCGCCAUCCUCCUCUCCUUCCCCACAAUCUCCCUCAUUCUUCAACCCAUACGGUUCCACUUCCUCUUCCCCCUGCUCUUUUCAUUUUUAAACUUAUUGGGUGUGUGACAUUUUGUACAUUGUAGAACUAAUUUUUCAAACUCUUUCACCCCCUCAUCCAGUCUCUCUCUCGCCCCCUUAUGCCUUCCGAUGCUAUGUUCCCACACCUUGCUUCCCCUGUGGUAGCAGCUUGGUGUUGAGUGUACAUCUGAAAGCCCAUAUGGGAGCAAGCACCUCCAGAAACCCUAGUCUGUACCCCAAUGCCUGUUGAAAGGGGUGCAAGUGAAGUCUUGAGGACUGUACCCCUCCCAUUCCCCUGCUGCUUACAGCCUAGAACAGUAGGUGUUUGCUGGCCUGUAGUUCUGUUUUCCUGUCCCCUGGCUAAACCCUUUGGUGUAACCUCACCUGCUGGUUGCAGUGGAGAGACCAGACCUACCAUAGGGUGCAUACAGUGCCAAAUUAAGAGGUUCCUUCUUGCAAGCCAGUUCCUCUGAGAUCCUCCAGUCCACAAUUCAGAGGGGUCAGUGCAUUGAUGCACAGAGCAAUAGAACAAUCAGCUACCUCAAUGGCACCACACAAGAUGCAACAACAACGUUGUGUGCCCAGCGGCGAAUGGGCAGGUUUUGGUGAGUUCCAGGCCAUCACUGCCCUCCUCUUUUUCCUUUCCAGGGUAUGAGUCUAAGAGGCUUGAUCGUGAGGCUGUGCAACUGACAAAAUAGCGCUGAUAAGUUUCCUCUUCUGUGUUGGGUCACUGAAAGGGAAUGGCUUUCUCUGAGUAAGUGAAGAUCAACGUAUGCACUUCACUCCUACAAGGGGGCAGAACUUAGA